AUGCACGAGCUCGGAAUCGCACUUCCUCAACUAUGUCCAAAUGUAGUUAGGACCGUCCUGUGCCUCCAGACCCUUGCAGAGGAAAAUGGAUACCGUAUCACGCUAUCCGACGUACUCCAUCUUUAUACAGUAAAGAAGGGGCGAACUCCGGGGACGUUUUUCCUCAGUCCUCGGAGUAAUUUCAGAGUCUUCGGGGAUUUUCCCGAAAAGGACGAGCAAUGGAGAAAGUCCUACUUCUUCUUCGCUGUAGACGAAUUUUCUUAUGGUCCAAACACGGAUUAUUUCGUUCGUGAAUGGACUCGUCGUCCCGCUAAACUUCCGAAGAAAACGCUUUCUCAUACUUUUGCGGGGCAAUUCGUAAAGAUUUGCAAUAGCAGCGACCUGUCGUGGGAAUUGUUCACUUGCGAACGCAUCCGGAGUUCGUGUGCUCGAAUUGUCUCGCGAUCCGACCUCAUUUCCUCCACUCCUCCCUCCUCCCCUACUGUCGCCACUAACAUGUCUCCACUUUCCUACCGCGAAGAGAAGAGGCUCCAAAAGGAAAGGGAAAAAGCGAGAGAAGCGAGAGAGAAAGAAGAUAAGGCCAGGAUGGUGAAGGCCUUGGAUGAAGGGAAGUCCAGAUCUUCAUCUGGUAAAGGGAAGAACUCGGGUACCGUAGAUCCGAUUUCCGAAUCGAAGACCUCUGAUCACCGUGAUCUAAAGAAGGUGUCUUCGGGAAAAGACCUAAUCCGGAUCUCGGAUUCUCGCUCCUCCCGAUCUUCUCGGGAAAAAGAAAUUUCUGAAGGAGGUCAUAGUGCAACCUCCUCAAGGAAACGCAGGAACGAGGAAUCUGAAGUUCCUUCCCUCCAACGCAAGAGUCGUUCUCGUCUGAACGAAGAGAAAAAUCCUUCCGAGGAUGUUGGGACUAGUCUGGGGUCAAAACCAGAAGAAAAAGAAGAUCCACAACGGGCCCCGGAGUCCGACUUGCCAACUCAGCUUCUUGUCCUGCCUUCGCGGGACUCUGAGAACCGGGGAUCCGUCCGUCAGGAGAUUCCGAUCCCCACUGGUAAGUAG